UGACUCAAUAUAGUUUUAAAGCAUUACAGUUGGUUCCCAGACAAGGAACACAAUCAUGAUCUAUUUGGUCCAAAAAAAAUUAAAGGUAGAGUCAGCAAUAUGACGUAGAUGCACAAAGUAAAUCGCAUGGUGGGUCAAUUUCUACAACAACUAAGAGUGUUGUAACACGAUGCUAAACUUCUCUGCUGUUUUGGUCCCGUGACUACCACACCGUAAGAGAGUGAAGAGAACCCACGCACAUGGGUAGAUACUGUGUGUGACUGUGUGAGAGAAGUCAGGCAUCUUGCUAAUCACAAUAUCUGUGGUGCUGCUCGUACAACAUCAUUUAGCUGACUCUACCUUUAAGCUCUCACCCUAGGAUCUACCAGAAAUCAGGCCCCCAACACCUACAAAACAUGGACCAGAACGAUGUUUCCUGCUUCUACAAACAUUAAUUAAUAUAACACUAAUGUCAGAUUAUGGUAUGCUAAUGAGUGUACAUUCUGAGACCGUUGCUCACUUAUAUUCAUUUUUAUUACAAGUCUAAUUAUAAAUUCAUUAUUCUGUGAUAUUGUCAGUUUUAAAUAACUACUUUUGACUUCAGGGAUUCCUCAGAGCUGUAAGACUUGUGACCAUGUUGAGGACUCCACACACUGGCUUCAGAUUGAACCCUUGACUUCCACUGUCCAGGGAGUGACAAUGUUCAGACACAGGACACCCAAAGGGAGUUAUGAGUGCACAGUGUCUGGGCUCCGCUGGCUGUGUGAGAGAUGUCAUUCUGAAGUAUCACUUCAGGAACUGGGAACCCUACAGUCAACUUCUGAAAGACAUGCAGUACACACAAGGUGGUCCAUUGCUGGACAUUACUAUGGAGUUAGGUGAACUGGAGGAAGUUCAUCUGCCACACUUUGUCUGUUUAGGGACCAACCCUUCCCUGAGGAAUGACAUGAAGAUUCUUCAUGUAGAGGAACAUGGAGUGUCUUUAGAGGAAGUGCAUGAGGUCACCAGAUUCCAUGUUAAGAUUCUCCAUCCCAAGUUCUCACUUAUCUCUGUUGUACUGAGAUUACUGUCUUGGAACAUAGAUGUCCACUGUGAUGUGGUCCUCUACAUGGCAGUAAAAAGGUCAACAGUCAUUUCAAGGCUGUACCUGCUCCUCAGAAACUCCAGUCAGAAAGAGGCUGUUCAGGAACGGGAGAAAAACCAGGUGUCCAAAGGAUUUUCAGAAUUGGUCCUGUCAAGUCCAAACGGGUCCUUAAAGCUGAACAGUUGGUUUGCACUCAAGAAUCCCCUCUCCACUUCCAUAAAUCCAGAGAAGAUUCAGCUGUUACCUGCAGACACCACACCAAGCUGUUGUAAGAUGAUAAUGAGAAACACAGGGGUGGACAUUGAGAUGGAGUUAAUCGGGGAUGAUGAGAGGACAGUAUGGAGAGAGAUGGUACCAAUAGAUGAAUACAUCACUGAAACCCAUUCAACUAGUGCUGUGUUGGGGGCAGGAGCUCCGGCUGAGAUCAGUCUGACUGGUUCUCCAGAGCACCAGCUGCGUUCUAUACGGACAGAGUUUGUGAAACGAGUGUCAAGACCUGUCCUGAAUGGUCUGCUGGACAGACUCCUGCAACACACAGUCAUCAACCAGGAGGAAAUGGAGUCAGUGGAGGUGAUCGCUGAGAGGGCAGAGAAGGCACGUGACAUCAUCGACAUGGUGUUGAGAAAAGGAACUGAACCAAGUUCCAGGAUGAUCAACCUUCUUGGGGAACUGGACCCCUGUCUUUGGACAGAGCUUCAGAUCAACAGUUGUAGUCAACCCCUGGAGGUGGGGAGACCAGGCAGAGUAGACAGGCAGGAUGGUUCAACAUGUUCUUGCUGUCUGUUGCUUUAAUUCAGGUUACAGAAAAUGUCAAUCAAACAUGACCACUAUAAUAACAAUAAACUUACUGAAGGACCAACCACACAGCCUCUCUCCUUCUGCAGCCUCCUGGAAGUGUGGAUCUUCUAGCAGGAGGGUCAGUCAGUCAGUCAGUCCUACAUACAUUCAACAUAAAUGUAUUUGAUGAAUAUAUUGUACAGUGUUGGCCUGUUAGAGGUUCAUGAGAGAGGCUGAUUAUCAACACAACCAUCUCAGUCUAUCAGCAGCUUUCUCAGUGAGAGCCUCAUGUCUGGAACACAUUGACCAUUGACAGACAUAAGGAGCUGUGUGACCUGUCACUCCUUUACCAAUGACUUGAGAGUGUCUGAAGGACAUAUAAGGAGCUGUUAACCUGUCACUCCUUUACCAAUGACUUGAGAGUGUCUGAAGGACAUAUAAGGAGCUGUUAACCUGUCACUCCUUUACCAAUGACUUGAGAGUGUCUGAAGGACAUAUAAGGAGCUGUUAACCUGUCACACCUUUAUCAUUGACAGACAUAAGGAGCUGUGUGACCUGUCACUCCUUUAUCAUUGACAGACAUAAGGAGCUGUGUGACCUGUCACUCCUUUAUCAUUGACAGACAUAAGGAGCUGUGUGACCUGUCACUCCUUUAUCAUUGACAGACAUAAGGAGCUGUGUGACCUGUCACUCCUUUAUCAUUGACAGACAUAAGGAGCUGUGUGACCUGUCACUCCUUUAUCAUUGACAGACAUAAGGAUAAAUGUUGUUUUAAUGUUUGUUUAAUUAAAAUGUUUAUCUACCUGCCCAGGGACUACACCUGCCUACAGGUAGAUAAAUGGACUACAUUUGAAAACUAGCUAGCUGGCAAAAUCUGGUACAUUUACAGAAAUGUUGAUUUGUGUGCAGAAUCCCUGUCAAAUACAUGUAGUACAUUCUGUGUGUAUCUUUGUUUAAACUGUGUAUGUGAGUUGG